CUGACGACAAAGAAAAGAACUCGUGUAGCACAGCAUCGAAUCGGUAAAGUUCUAUUUGUAGAGAAGGGAAGGCAGAGCAGACGGGCAAAGACACCGAAAACCCUGUCCGGUGCUCCGCGGCGACAAGAAUGGCCCCGCCCUCCGUAGUCGUCGUGCACUCGUGCUGCCCGGGGCGCGAUGCCGAUUUGCUGGCCGCCGCUCUUCCGCGUAGGUUUCGGUCGGAAAGAAGCGCCGCUGGCCCAACGCUUUCCUUCGUGUCGUCUUCGCCCGAUUCCAACGAGCGGAUCCUUUUGGUUCCCGCUCCGAGCCACGGAUCCGCUUCCGCGAACGAAAACGAAAACGAUCUCGAAUUGUUCGAGACGGUCUCGCUCGCAACGAACCACCACGCUCCUGUCAGCAGCAACAAUAGCAACACAAACAACAACAGGAGGAAACAAAACCGGAACAAAAGAGCCACUACGUCGUUUGCUUGCUUGGUUCUGGACAGCCGCGAGGAACUAAAAUCGAUGGUGGAAAUCAUGGCAGGGCAGGAUGCGCUGGCAGUGGAGGAGACAAAAAUAAGAUCGGGUGAGCCUCCGGGAUCGUCCCUUCCGCUGGCAAAAUGCUUGCUUCCCGGUGGGUGCCUUGUCACCCUGUCUGUGGCUCCGCUUUGGACCACCCAAGAGCUGCAGCACGGGGUUGUGGAGUUUAUGACGACCGAACCCUCGGCGACCGCAACCCCUCGGCAUUCGGGAUCGCCGUCUUUGUCGAGCAGCAACAGUGCCCGGUCGAAAUCGUCGUUUUACAUGAAGCGAAGCGCGUCGAUGCCAGAAAUGGUGCCUCCGAUGGUGACCACAAAUAAUGCGGGCACCGACGGGAAAAACCACCACAACCUCCGACGAAAGAAUGCCGUUGUCAUUCCCACCCUAGAAACAAAGGUUCUAUCCUAUAGUGGACAGCACGUCGCGUUUCCAUUGAAUACCCAGGCACCCGUUCCGAUCGAAACCGAGCUCUUCAAGGGGAAGCUACUCCUGAUUUGCCGACCGAGCGAGGAUCCGGCCAAAACGGAUCCCUACUGGAACGAACGAAUAUUUUCCAAAAAGAAACGACGGGUCGUAAUGCAGCUACAGGGAAAGCUCAAGUACAAACCGACCGGGACGGUCUUUGCCGGGAUGGAGAUUUCCAAUCCGAUGAAACUUGGGCUCAUUGCGAACGGAUUGUGCAACCUUAUCCUCAAGCUCAUUAAAAACCAGGGCCUUCACUAUUCCUUUGGGACGAAAGACGAAAGGGCACACAUUUGCUUUCCGGCUUCGGCCUUUUUCGAUUCCUUUGUUGUAACCAAGCCCGGAGAAGCACUCCCGGCCAUGGGAGGCAUCGACAUCAAGGGCGAAUCCCCUGAGACGGUCGCCGCGAGAAAGGCCUACAUGACCAAGAUAGACUGGAACACGGACGACACCUACACCAUGUCCUUUCAUUCCAUGUACGUCGACUUUCCGAGCUGGUCGGUGGUUUCCUUGCCGGGAGGAUGGGAUGUUCCCCUCCAAACCUUUUGGGGCAACUCGCUUGCCAGCGUCGUCAUGUACGAGGUGGGACCCGAUGCGGACAAUGGUAAACCGCACAAGUCCGCAAACAUAAAGUACCUUGUCAGCCUGCAGCUAAAGUCCCUCGGAAAAGAUGCCGCCGCGGCUCGUUUGAACGCAGCUCUUCUCGAACAGAAAGACGACGGAGACGAAACCAGCGAAUGGGGGAGCGAAUAUGGUGGAGGGGAGUCGAUAUCGACCAUGGGCGACGUGGCGCUCAUGCCGGCAUUCGACGAAGACGACACCGAUUACGAACACGAAAACUCCGAAAACAACGGCGACGAAAUAGACACCACGGAAUUCUAUGACACGAUAGAAAGCCUUCCUCUGGGUGAAACGAUUCUAGGCGAUCUUUCCUCCACCAGCUCCCACAACAUCCUGCUCAGUGCCAUUGAUGCCUUUUGUCCGUGCUGGAUCGAGAUGUUUUCCAAGCGUGGAAAGUAUGAAACACUGUACGCAUUUUGUGGGACAAAAUCUACAUCGAAGGCCCUAUUCCGGUCGGAGGAGAUGGCGGAGCGAUUCUUUCGGGGCGAGCGAGACGAAGAUGCCCGGGUCGACGAUCGGUUUUCCCAUCGAAUCUCAACACUUGAGCGCACCCGACGGAUCCUCGGAUGGAAGUAUGCGGAAGCCCACACCACGGAGCGAGACCAAAAGGACCACCAGGAAAGGCUGCAAAAGUUUCACAAACUGCAGUGUCGGUUCGAUGCGGCCUUUCUAAAGCGGAAGGAACCCAGCACAACGAAGGUAACGGGCACCAAAUCGGGAUUUGUGGCUCGUGCCCUCAGCGAUCGGCACUGGAAAGAAGAGAGAAUGGUCCUCUGCAACAACAGCGAAGACAUUCUCUUCCACCACGCGGAAGGAUCCAAGAUCCAUUUUCGAAUCUCGUUGGAGAGCGUCAUCAACGUUUCUACUCCAGCAAAGGACAGCGAGCUUGUUCCAUUGCCUACGUACCAUUACCUAAUGAUUGAAUCAUUUGUUCAUGUUACGUAUCUCAUGUUUCGUUCGAAGCAGGAACGAGAUUCGUGGCUCGAUACACUGCGUACAAUACUAGAGGAUCGCCGAUCGACACAGUCGUUUACAAACGAGCUCUUCGUGUACGACGAUCCCGUCCAAGAAUUUUUGACGAAGUCCACCAUGUGGAAUUCACAGAAACGAAAAAUUCUAAAUUGCCGACGGUGUAGCUUUCGGACUCGCCGUUCGACGACCCCGAAAGAGACCCUGCAUCUUGCAGAGCGAGCACUGGCCAAGGUGUUGUCGCUGAAGCCCAAAGGAGCGAGCGAUUCGGACCUUUGCGAAUUCCUGGAUUGCGCAUCAGCGCUCAAAGAAGCAGACGCGUAUUCUCUGAACGAGGAAGAAAAAUGCGCAUUCUUCUUGAAUAUUUAUCACACGAUGAUUAUGCAUUCGUACAUCAUUUUUGGUCCACCGGUCUCUGGUACUGAAUGGGUGUCCUAUUUCAACAACAUUGCCUAUCAGUGUUCCGACGACAUUUUCUCCAUAGCCGAAUUAGAACACAACGUAAUUCGGGCAAAAAUGUCGUACCCAUCGAAUUUCUUAUCACGGUUUGUCCUCCCGAAGUCCCAGUAUCAUUUUGCGUUGGUACGGCCAGAUUUCCGGCUCAACUUUGCCCUAAAUCCGGGAUCAUUGAGUAUACCGACCUCUUCCGUUCCGUUAUACAAGGCUGCGACUUUAAAUCAACAGUUGAACAAAACUACGGAGGAGUACCUUGGUUACACUGCUCACGUGAAACAGAAAGGCAAAACCGAUGUCCAGAUCACACUGCCCCGCGUGUGUCAGUGGUUCGCAGAGGAUUUUGGUCCAAACGGUUCGGCCAGCGAUGUGAUGUUUGCGAUCGAGCCCUAUCUUAGCAACGAAAAGAGGGAAGUACUUCGAUUGAUUUGGAAUUCCAAGAAGAAGACUUACGACAUUAGUAUCUUUGGCAUGAAAUAUCUGUCAUUUAGUUAUGAAUGCAGAUUUUUAACUGCUUCUUCGAAUUAAUCCAUUAGGCAAUUACUGAAUCAGCAAGUAUUUUUGUGUUAAAAUCAGUAUAAAAGCAUGAUGCCAUU